CCAACCGAUUCGGAGGAGAGGCGCACCGCACCGUAGCAGAAGCCCAAACCUAUUUUCAGAUGAAGAGCUAUCUGUCAUCUCACUCCUAUUUACGUCCUUUUUGUUUAGUCUCUUAAGACAACAGCUUAGGCCAAGUCGGUCGGUCCGUUGAUUUCUCCAUCAAUCUAUCUUUUUAAUUCAAUCCUGAUAUCUACAGAAUGACUAAAAGCUGCUUCAAGAUUGAGCAUGAUUUUGAGAAAAGGCGUGCUGAGGCUGCAAGAAUUAGGGGAAAAUACCCAGAUAGAAUUCCAGUGAUCGUGGAGAAGGCAGAGAGAAGUGACAUUCCUAACAUUGACAAGAAGAAAUACUUAGUCCCUGCUGACCUGACGGUGGGUCAGUUUGUUUAUGUAAUCCGGAAGAGAAUUAAACUCAGUGCUGAAAAGGCUAUCUUCAUAUUUGUGGACAGUGUUCUCCCACCAACGGGAGCAAUUAUGUCAACCAUCUAUGAUGAAAAGAAGGAUGAGGAUGGGUUUAUGUAUGUUACAUACAGCGGGGAAAAUACGUUUGGCUAGCAGAUCAAGCAGUGACCUUAUUUCCAUGUUAAUGUUGUCCUUUCAUUAAAUAAUUAAUAAUUGUGGCAUUAUGCCUAAUAUAUGACCUUUCUGUCUUUGUGUGUAUAGUUUCUCUGUAUGUAGCUUCUCAGCAGACUAAAAUGUCGGACCAAUGAGCAAUUUAAAAUUCAUUGAACCGUGUUAUAUUAUAUUCCUGCAUUUACCAUUGUCAUUUUGCACGAUGAUCUGUUGAAUUGACAGAAGUUGACAAUUUGGAAGUGUUUCAUCUCGAA